GGAGGAAGCCGGCAGGAGGAGGAGAGUCCUGAUGAAUGUGCUGAUUAUUCAGAUGAAGAAAACACAGUGAAGCAGGAAACCUCCUCAGUCUGUGUGCAGGCUGCUUUCCUGAAGUCUGGGAGUCAGAACUCAGGAUGAGUGACGUCCGGUUUGCAUCAGCUUCCUCCUCCGUCGCCACGGUAACAACAGGAUGCGGUUCCCUCGGCAACGAGCCUCCGGCCUUCGUUCUGCCUCCACGCAACGCCCGCGUCUCUCUGGGAGCGGACGCUCGGCUGGAGGGAAAGGUGCGAGGUCAUCCUGAGCCCCAGAUCACAUGGUACAGGGACGGCAGGGCUGUGAUUGGUGGCGAGCGCUGUGUCAUGGAGAGAGGUGGGCGGGGCACCUUCAGUCUGCUGGUGGGCGGAGUCAGAGAAGAAGACCUGGGCUGUUACACCUGCCAGGCCACCAAUCAGGCGGGGAGCUGUCAGGUUACUGUGGAGAUCCUGCUGGAAGAAACUUCUGGGAAAAAAUAUGGCUUCCCGUCCUCCAUGAAGACAGGGUAUCGCUCUGCGGUGGAGACCAGGCCCAGUAUUUGGGGUGAGAGUCCGCCACGGUUCGUCUCCAAACCGAGCCGAGUGAUUACCAGACCGGGACAGACCGGAAAGUUCUCUGCCAAAACCACCGGACGCCCGCAACCCCAGGUCACAUGGUUCAAGGAGGAGGCGGAGCUUCAGCCUGGUGGGCGGGUCACUAUGUAUGAGCGCUCUGGCCUGCACUUCCUGGAGAUAAAGGAAGUGUGUGUGGAGGAUGCAGGAAGUUACACAUGUUCUGUCAGCAACAGCGCCGGGACGGCCGCCGCCACUGCUGAGCUGAGAGUCCAGAGUUCUCCUGAUGGCUCCUGCAGGACCGUCCGACCAGCUGAGGACACACCAACCAGGGACAGAACUCUGACAGUGGAUGACAGUGUUCCCAGUGUUCCCAGUGCUCCCAGUGGUCCCAGUGGUCCCACAGAGAAGCCCCUCCCUCAGCCUCGGCAGGGAACCUCCUGGAGGAGCAGACAGCUCCCUCUAGUGUCUGAGAAGAAGACUGCAGCUCCUCCAUCUGCUGGUUUUCAGUCUCUUGUGAGUCCUGCUCCGCCUCAGACCGGUCCAGUCCAGCAGACAGGAGGGGCAUCAGACAGCAGCAGCAGGGCAGUGAGGAGGUCAGGGUUGGGGUCCAGUCUGCGGUUCGAGGCCAUUCCUCUGGACCAGGAGGCCACAGAGGGAGCACAGGUCACAUUCACCUGCCAAGUCUCAUCAGUUGCGGUCGCCACAGUUACAUGGCUGAAGGACGGGGGUCAGGUGAGGACUGGACCAGGUCUGCAGCAGAGACAGGAUGGCACCCGUCUCACCUUCACCGUGGAGAGAGUGACACAGGCUGACCGCGGCAACUACAGCUGUCAGCUGAUCACUGCUGAUGGACAGAAGGUUACCUCGGCAACAUGGACGCUGUCUGUCAACAGUGUCUCUGGACAGCCUCCAGUGUUCGUCAGUGGUCUGCAGGGCUGUUGUGUAUCGGAGGGUCAGACUAUCAGCCUGCAGGUCUCUGUGGAGGGAAAACCUGCUCCAGGUGUCAGCUGGUUGCAUAACGACGGGCCGGUUCCAGCUGUUGCCCGGUCCUCGUGUGUCGGGGGCGUGGCCACGCUGACCAUCCAGCGAGCGUCCCGCCGUGACGAAGGCGUGUACGUGUGCGUGGCGAAGAACAGCCGCGGCAGAGCGGAGUGCAGCACCAGGGUCCAGGUCAAAGGCAGACUGCAGGGUCGCAGGUCAGAGGUCAGAGGAGUGAGUGAGGCUCCUCGCUUCACCAGCGGCCUGACAGACCUGAAGGUGAUGGACGGCAGCAGAGUCACCAUGACAGUGGAGCUGACUGGUCAGCCCCCUCCAGAAGUGGUUUGGCUUCAUGACGGCCAGGAGGUGACCGAGUCAGAGGACUUCCUGCUCCUCAGGGAGGAGAACCGCUGCACGCUGCUGAUCCAGGAGGUUUUCCCAGAAGACACCGGGACGUACAGCUGCCAGGCCCGAAACCAGAGUGGAGAGGACCGCACUGAGGCCCGGCUCACCGUGGAGGAGCCCCAGGAUGGCGUCCAGCCCUGGUUCAUCACCAAACCCAAACCGGUGAGCGCCGCCGCGGGUCAACACGUCCUCCUGUCCUGCGCCAUCGCUGGUGACCCGUUCCCCCAGUACAGCUGGACCAGACCCCUGACCCACGGAGGAGACCGGAGCCGACCUCUGACCUCCGGAGGAGACUACGAACUGCUGCAGAAAGAGGACGUCAUCUCACUGCUGAUCAGGAGAGUUAAAAAGCACCAUGCAGGAGAUUACCUGGUCAGCCUGAGGAACGAGGUCGGGGAGUGCAGCGCUGUGGCCAGUCUGUCCAUCUGUGACGGAGGAGGAGAGACGGACGGGACGAGAGGACGAGCAGAAGACGAAAGAGGAGGAGGAGGAGCAGCUGGUGGGACAGCGGUACAGAGAGGAGGAGGAGGAGGAGGAGGAGGAAGAGGAGGCGUGGAGCGGAGAAGCAGCAGCAGCAGUGUCAGUCGUCAGUGGCAGGAGGCCAACCAGGAGCAGAAGGAUCGAGCAGGAGCUUCCAACCCGCAACUCCUGCACCUGCAGAGGGAGAAGAAGAAGAAGGAGAGCGAGCAGGAGUCUCCUCAGGGCCUCCUCAAGCGCUGCGUGGAAACCAGGGAGCGAGGCGAACAGGAGCUGCGACAGAGGGAGGCGCAGCAGCUCGACUUCCGCUCGCUGCUGGGACGCCGAGCCGGCGACGCCAAAGACAAGCCGGGAGAGGAGCCGAGGGAGGCCGGCCUCGCCGCCACCGAACCACACAUGGAUUUUAAGGCCAACCUGAAGGGUGUCAAACCCAAGAUCGAGGACGAUCGUAAGCUGAGCGCUCCGCAGCAGGUGGACUUCCGCUCCGUGCUGGGGAAGAAAGGAGGCGCCGCCGGCAACAAAGCUGCCGAGGCGUCCGUGAAGAACGACACCGACUUCCGCUCCGUCCUCGCCAACAAGAAGAAGCCGACGAGCCCAGAGAAGAACGGGCAGAGUGACAAAGUGAACAACUGUGUGGAUGGAGGGAUUAAUGAGAAGAAGAGCGUCGGAGGAGUAGGAGUAGUAGGAGGAGGAGGAGGAGGAGGAGGAGGGAAGCUGCCAGAGUUCACAGAGAAGCUGAGCGAUGUGACGGUGCUGGACGGCCAGCGGCUGCGGCUGCAGUGUCGCCUCGCCGCCGCUGCCGCUGACGUCACAGUCAGCUGGACGCUCGACGGGAAGAUCAUCAAAUCAUCCAAGUUCAUCGUCCUCGCCAACGAAGGUGGUCUGUGCUCUCUGACCAUAGGUAAAGCUCUACCGGAGGAUGAAGGCCAGUAUAAAUGCAGAGCGGAGAGCUCAGCAGGCAGAGCUGAAUGUUCCUGUAUGGUUCUCGUAGACGAUCCGGCAGAAAACUCUCCGGCUGACAAGAAGUCCAAGAAGGCGACUCCGACCUCAGAGAGUGAAGCCAGAAUAAAGAAACCGACCACGAAGACUCCUCCCAAACAAGCUCUGCCUCCUCAGAUCCUUCAGUUUCCAGAGGACAUGAAGAUCCUGGUGGGACAGAAGGUCGAGAUCCUCUGCAAGUUCUCUGGAGCUCCGCCCGUCACCUGCACCUGGCUCAAGUUCAGAAAACCGAUCCAGGAGGGCUCCGCUGAUAUCUCCAUAGAGAGCUCUGACAGCAGCAGUAAACUCACCAUCUCCAGCGGUCAGCAGGAACACUGCGGCUGUUACACCAUCGAGCUGAGAAACAGCUACGGACUCCGGCAGGCCGCCCUCAACCUCACCGUGGUCGAUAAACCGGACCCCCCAGCGAAGGUCCCUGCAACGUCAGAUAUCCGGCGGUCCAGUCUGACGCUGUCUUGGUACGGGCCGACCUACGACGGAGGAAGCGCCGUACAAUCCUACAACCUGGAGAUCUGGGACUCGGUGGAGCAGCAGUGGAAACACCUGGUGUCCUGCAACAGCACCUCCUACAACAUCCAGGACCUUCUGCCAGAGCGUCAGUACAAGUUUCGUAUUCGGGCGGAAAACAUUUACGGAGUCGGAGAACCGAGCGCCGAGUCUGAACCCGUUAGCGUCGGAGUCGUGGAAAACGAGAAUCAGGAGGAAGUGGAGGAGGAGGAGGAUGACUCGGAGAAGGAGCCGGACUACAGAGAUGUGUCGAUCAGGACCGACCAGAAGGUGAAGGACCUGUACGACGUGGAGGAGAGGCUGGGAACGGGGAAGUUCGGUCAGGUCUUCAAGCUGGUGGAGAAAGCCACGAAGAAGGUUUGGGCGGGGAAGUUCAUCAAAGCGUACUCGGCCAAAGAGAAGGAGAACGUGCGGCAGGAGAUCGGGAUCAUGAACAGCCUCCAUCACACCAAACUGGUCCAGUGCAUCGACGCCUUCGAGGGGAAGUCCGACAUCGUCAUGGUCCUCGAGAUGAUUUCGGGCGGCGAGCUGUUCGAGCGGAUCAUCGACGAGGACUUUGAGCUGACGGAGCGAGAGGUGAUUAAAUACAUGCUGCAGAUCAUCGACGGCGUCAGCUUCAUCCACAAGCAGGGCAUCGUCCACCUCGACCUCAAACCCGAGAACAUCAUGUGCAUCAACAAGACCGGCAGCAAGAUCAAGCUCAUCGACUUCGGCCUGGCCAGGAGACUAGAAAACGCCGGGACUCUGAAAGUGUUGUUUGGGACUCCAGAGUUUGUGGCUCCAGAGGUGAUCAACUACGAAGCCAUCAGUUACCCCACUGACAUGUGGAGUAUAGGAGUCAUCUGUUAUAUACUGUUGAGCGGACUUUCUCCCUUUAUGGGCGACAACGAUAACGAGACUCUGUCCAACGUUACCUCGGCAACCUGGGACUUCGAGGACGACGCCUUCGAUGAAAUCUCCGACACCGCCAAAGACUUCAUCACCAACCUGCUGAAGAAGAACAUGAAGGCUCGGCUGACCUGUGCUCAGUGCUUUGAGCAUCCUUGGCUGAAGCAGGAUACGAACACCAUGAAGGCCAAGAAGCUGUCGAAGGAGAGAAUGAAGACGUACAUCCUGAGGAGGAAGUGGCAGAAAACGGCUCACGCUGUGCGAGCCAUCGGACGGCUCUCCUCCAUGGCCAUGAUGGCCGGAGUCAGCGCCAAGAAAGGCUCGCCCACCGAAGAGGACAAUCAGUUCCUGGAGUGUUUGGAGUACGAGCAGAAGACGGAGUGCAAGCCGACAUUCAGCUCCGUCAUCAAAGACGUGGAAGUGGUGGAGGGCAGCGCGGCUCGCUUCGACUGCAAGAUCGAAGGGUUUCCUGAUCCCGAGGUCGUUUGGUACAAAGACGAGCAGCCGAUCAAAGAGACGCGACAUUUCCAGAUCGACUACGACGAGGACGGGAACUGCAGUCUGGUGAUUUCAGAGGUGUCGGGCGACGACGACGCCAAGUACACGGUGAAGGCGGUGAACAGCCUGGGGGAGGCGACCUGCACCGCGGAGCUGCUGGUGGAGGUGAUGGCAGGAGAGGAAGAGGAAGAGGAGGAAGAGGAAGAGGAAGAGGAAGAGUAGAGCAGUGAACGUUUGGACUCUCACAGGAAGAGGAAGUGGUGACUCUUCCUCCUGCUCAGCCUGUCAGACACGAGCAGGAAGCAAAAUAAAAGACCAACAAAUAAGAAACGAUGUGAUUGGAGGAGCAGGUGGUCAGGGGGCGGG